AUGUCAGAUCAACUCUUAACAUAUAUUUCUGAACUUUUCAAAUUAUUUUACAGAAAUAACAUUUUAUUUGAAGGCAUUAACAUUGUUUUAGUCAGUGAUCUAGCUCAAUUACCUUCUAUUUCUGAAUCAUCCAAAUUAAAAACUACUUUUAAUACUACACAUGUAGUAGGCUACAGAAAAAAUGCUAAUUUGAUCAACAAAAUCAUGUUAAUGAUAAUCUCUACUCAAGAAAAUAAAUUCAUGAUUUCAAAUUCUAUAGACAUCUUCGAUAACCAAGUAUGUGAUAAUAACUCAAAACUUCAUGAAUUUAAAAAUAAAACAAACUUGCCAAAGACAAUUAGAAUUCAACUUGGUGCAAGAGUUAAGUUCUUUAAUAAUUCAUAA